AUGUGGUCAAGCAUCAAUGUCGCUUCAUGUUCUGCUCAAACGCUCUCGUAUUGCGAUCCUACCCCAGUGGCGACAUUGACGAGUGCGAGUGCGAGAUCGAGCAGUACGUCAAGUCACGCCACCUUGAAUGCUCCUUCAUCGUCUUCUUCAGUCAGCUCGACGCAGUCUGAAGCUAAAGUCACAUCUAAACCCUCCAUUCCGCCCUAUGCGACGCUCAUAUCGGGAGGCGCAUCAGGUCUAGCAUCAUGCCUGCUGCUACAACCUCUUGACCUGCUCAAGACGCGCAUGCAACAAUCUCCAAGGUUACGUUCUGCUGAUGAUGGGAAUGGCAAGCGUGGCAGGGACUGGAGCGCGACGGGAAGAACUAGGAGGUUGGUGGGCGUUGCUAGAAAUGUGGUGCAUGAAGAAGGUGUCAAGGGGUUAUGGAGAGGAACGGGUCCCACUGUGGUCAGGUGA